AUGGCUACUCAAGCACGAACCGCGGCCAUAGGAUUGGCAAAAGACUCGCCCGGCAGCCCCGUCGAGCUAGUCAAGCGUAUAGCUAUCACACUUACACCCACAAGUCCACCAGGCUUGGUACAGGCAGCUACUGUGGAUCCGUGGUCGAAAUCGGGAAAGUAUGGUCGUGGAUUCACCUACUUUGCACUGGCAUUGAUGGGAGUGGUGGUCUUCAUGCGGAUAUGGCAUUUCUGGCAGGACAAAAUCCGGCAAGCGAUCUACAAGCAAGAGGUGGAGGAGCACUACAACAAUCUCUACAGCCUGGAGCCUGAAUGGGCGCAGACGGCGAUGCAGACGGGUCAGACAUCGAACCGACACUUCUUCCCGGAAGAGGAGAAGGCGGAGACGGCGUUUCGACCAAAGGCACACGGCUCUUCAAUAGGCUUUGUUAAUGAUACAUUGGCACUCUUCCGAUGGAUAUUCUACCGUCCGAUUCCCGAUAUCAGAUGGCGAAAACACAGAUUCACCUUCUCUUCGCUGGCGGUGCUAACCACUGUCUUCGUUACGCUAGCAUUUGUUGCUCUAUACUGCUUCCUCCAGCAGCCGUUGUACUGGCAGAGCAUCCAGUAUGGAUCUCCACCAGUGGCUAUUAGGUCGGGCAUGAUCGCGGUGGCUAUGACGCCUUGGAUCAUUGCUCUGAGCACGAAAGCGAACAUUCUCACCAUGAUCACUGGUGUAGGUCCGGAGCGACUCAACGUCUUCCAUCGGUGGGCAGGCUACCUUUGCCUAUUUCUUGCUUUGGUCCACACAAUCCCAUUCUACGUUCAGCCGGUAUGGGAUGAUGGCGGGAUGCAGAUUUUCCAGAAUCUCUUCCCUCAAGGCAGUGGUGUCAUUUACGGCACAGGAAUUGCCUGCCUUGUUCCUCUCUGCUGGCUCUGCGUUGCCUCGCUGCCUAUUGUACGUCGGAUGGCGUACGAAGUCUUUGUGAUGCUGCACGUGCCAGUGGGGUAUGUCUACGUUGGGCUUCUCUUCUGGCAUACGAAGAACUACCUCAUGUCAUGGAGCUAUCUCUACGCUACCAUUGCGAUUGUGGUAUUUUGCUACAUCGUACGAUUGUUCAAACUGAAUUGGGCGAAACCGGGGCGAAUGGCUUUCAUGGUGGGAGAUGAGGCCGCGAUCAACAUCAUGACCGAGAAUUGUAUAAAGGUCACCAUCCCGACACAGAUGCGGUGGAGCCCAGGGCAAUAUGUCUAUCUGCGUAUGCCUGGCAUCUCACUCUUCGAGAACCACCCUUUCACUAUCUCGUCCCUUUGCAGCGAAGACUUCCCGUCCGAGUAUGGCGAGCAGUACAGAGACUGCGUUCUCGUGUUCAGACCGUAUGGGGGCUUUACUAGAAAGGUACUCGAGACAGCUAUCGAAAAGGGACCUUUCCACACUUAUCGAGCAUUUCUGGACGGCCCAUACGGCGGUAUGCGCCGCGACCUUGCAGCCUUCGACACCUGCAUCCUGAUUGCAGGUGGCAGCGGCAUCACAUCUCUGAUGUCGCAGCUCUUGAAUUUAAUCAAGCGUAUGCGAGAUGGCAAGGCGAUCACUAAGAAGAUUGUGGUCGUCUGGGCCCUGAAGCGCCUCGAAGCGAUGGAUUGGUUCCGCGAGGAGCUCCGUAUCUGCCGCGAGUCUGCACCGCCGGAGAGUGUGACAUGCAAGUUCUUCGUGACUGCCGCAGUCCGCCAGUCGCACAUCGCUGGUGCUGGGGCUCUUGGCCAGCGUGCUCCGCGUCCGCUAUCCAACAUGUUCCACGACAAGCUAGACGGCUUCGUGGCUAACAUUGCCUCGAAACGCAACUCGGCGUUGAUCACGGACGUUGCGCAGGGCGAUCCUGAGCGAGAGCGAGAGUUGCGUGAGGAGGAUCAGGAUAGGAUCACAGCUCUUCCGCAACAGAAAUAUCUACAGCCACACAACAUCCCUCCACCGCCACCUAACCCACCUAAGGACAGGCAAUCACAUACAGAGGACUCUCUACGCAGGCUGGAAGGUCGAGACCAGAACGCUGAUUCCAAAGACGCAUUGGAGUUCCCGCCGGAUAAGAAGCGGGAAUUCCACUUCCCACCACUCCAGCCACGUACUUCCCUUGCACCACACUUCAACUAUGCGCCAAACUCACCCAAUAAGAACCGCUUCAGCCAGCACCUGACGCCGCCAACCGGCCAAGGCAACGACAGCAAAGCGCCGUCCACCGACCUCCGCCCGCCCGACGUCCCCGAGCUCGCACACCUACGCACCGAUGUGGGCGGCGCAGCACAGCAACCCCGACCAACGAGCACCUUCGGCCCGCCGAGCGGGUUCGAGUUCGGGUUCCCCGAGACGCCGACCGAGUUCCAGAAGACGCUGAUGCGGUUCGCCUUCCCGGUGCCGCACCAGAUCGACGGCGGGUGGAGCGUCGAGUACGGGCGCCCGGACCUGGGCUACAUGCUCAAGGAGUGGGCGACGGGCGGCUCGGACGGACGCGGCAUCCUGGGGCGGCGGACGGCCGUCUUCGUGUGCGGCCCGCCCAGCAUGCGUGUCGGCGUCGCGAACACGGUGGCGCGCCUGCAGGCGGAGAUCUGGGGCGAUGAGAUGCUCGAGGAGAUCUUCUUGCAUACGGAGAACUACGCUCUAUGA